GAGAUGAAGCUAGUGACAGAAGAUUUGAUUCAGGGAGGUUGUCAACUGGCCUGAAUCUAAUUCACGUUGUAAGAUCGCCCCCUGGUGACCCACUGGAGAACAAGCAGGGAGAUGGGGUGGAUCCACCCUUGGGUCUACCGUCUAGAGGUGUCUGAGUUGGUUGCAGAAAGUGUGACAGCCUGACCCAGGCCUUUAGUCUUCCAGUCUCGAUUUCUCCAUGAACAGAAUGGCAACAAUAUGCCCCUAGUCCCUCACCAAGUGCCCCCUAUGCUGAUGGGUGCUUUGCCUGGAUGUGCUGAUGUGUUCGUCACUAAGCCCUAAGGACCUACUGCCAUCCCCACUUCACAGAGGGCAAACUGAGGCUCAGAGGAUAGCAUGCAGAAGGCAGAGGCAGAACCGGAACUCAGGACCCCAGUCCUGUCCUAGGCUCCGGUGGCCUGAUCUGGCCUAACCCAGCUCCUCCCAAAGGACUUGGGAAACACGCCCUGGCUGGGCGGAACUUUGGGUAUCCCUGGUGUUCCAAGAUGCCAAUUAAAUGCUCGUGGCUGUCUGGGCUGGAGCUGUGGAUAACAGCAUGGCCGAGCCAGGGCCAGAGCCAGAGCCAGGGCGUGCUUGGCGGGUACUCGCCCUGUGUGGGGCUGCUGUGUUCCUGGUGGCGGCUGCGGCUGGGGCAGCCCUACUGGCUUGGAAUCUGGCCGCAGCGGCCUCCAGAGGGUCUCACUGCCCAGAGCUGGAGCCAGGGGUCAAUGCCACAGUGCCCCCCAGGGACCCGAUGCCAGAAGUCCAGGAGCUUCAGCGAAAGCUGGCGGAGGCUGCCCAACGAGAGAAGGCUCUGGCCAGGCAGCUGGACCAGGCUGAGAGUGUCCAUCAGGAGCUGGAGGAGGCUUUAAGGGCCUGUGAGGGCCGCCAGAGCCAGCUGCAGACCCAGCUGAUGAUACUGAAGAUUGAGAUGGACGAGGCCAAGGCAGAGGGGACUCAGAUGGGGGCCAAGAACGGGGCAUUGACAGAAGCCCUGGCGCGCUGGGAGGCGGUGGCCAAUGAGUCGACUCGGCUGUUGGAAGAGGAACAGCGGCGCGCACGCGCGGCCGAGGCCGAGGGCGGAGCCUGCGCGGACCGGGAGGCGGUGCUGCGCGAGCGAGUUAAAGCCCUGGAAGCCGAGAUGGACCCCCAGCGCAGAGUGCCGCACCCUGGGGCCCGCUCUGGGGCCCAACCCCGGCCCAGCGCCCGCUCACGCUCUCGCUCUCGCUCUCGCCCCAGACCCUCUGGGGGCUGCCGGCGCACUCGAGGGUGAGUCAGCCUCCCGCAGGAUGUGAGCUCGAGGCCAGGACAGACACUGUACAGCCCCGGGGCGCACAUGUAUAGGGGUGCUCGCGCUGGAUGAGGUGCCCGGUCGAUAUCCAUCAAUGCUCAGCUUUAAACCAGCUGCUCUGAACAAAGACGAAAAGGAGACUCGAUGCUCUCUCACCGACCAUCUUGUGCUUGCAUUCUACAGACAAGAAACAGGCCCAUUUAGUCACCCAGUGAGAUCAUGCUGAUGUGGGGACUUAAGUCCCCUCUAAGGAUAGCGUGGCCCUCAUCCUACAAACAUGGGGAUUCAGGGUCCAGCCCUGGCUUGGGAGUGACCUGAAGAGGUCAGUUCUCGUUGGGCCUCAGUUUUGUAAAAUGAGUGAUUGGAAUCACAUUUAGAGAGCUGGCUUCUCCUUGACACCAAAAACUGACAAAAGAGCACAGUAAGAGAACAGACCACUCUUCCUGUAAGAAUGGUACGAAACUCCCACUGGAAUUUUAGCAAAGAGAACUGAGUAAAAUAUACCACAAAAAAGGUGGCUUAUGCCUGAGAUGCAGGGAUGGUUCAGUAUUCAGAAGUUUGUUAAUAAGAUUCACCAUAGUAAUGGAUCAAAUGAGAAAAAAGUUCUGGAAAAAAAGUCAUCAAAUUCAGGGACAAGGUGAGGAAAACCACUAUCAAGUAUUUACUAUGGUUUUGGAGGUGCUAGCCAAUGCAUUUAGACAAGAAAAAGAAAUAAGACACAAUUAUUAUAAAAGAAGGAGGGAAUUUAUAGGUUGACAAGAAAACACUGUUUAUACAGAUCAAAUGUUAUUGAAAUAACAAGUUUAUGUGGCACAAUUUCAUGUUGUUUUUGUGUUUUAUAUUUAUAUUUCACAUAACUUCAGACUUAUAGAAAAAUUGGAAGAUGAGUACAAAGAACUCCUGUGCACCCCUCACCUGGAUUCCACAGAUGUUAACUUUUACCACCUUUGCAUGCACUCUCGCUUGUGUUCUCUCUCCCCCUCUCUACUUUUAUUAAAAAGUUGCAGAAAUGAUGUCUCCUUGCCCAUAAAUACUUAAAUUUACAUUUCCUAAAAACAAGGACAUUCUCUCAUAUAAUCAUGAUACACUUAUGAAAAUUAGGAAAUGGACAUUGAGAACGUGCUGUUAUCUAGUCUGCAGACCUUAAACAGAUUUCGCCAACUGUUCCGGUAAUGUCCUUUAUAACGAAAGAUUCUUUUGGCUCACAUACUGUAUUUGUCACAUCUCUCUCAUCUCCUCGCAUCUGGAAUGCCCCUCAGUUUGUCUUUGCCUUUCAUAAUUUUGGAAUUUUUAAAAGCCUGGGCCAGUCAUUUUGUGGAGUCCAAGUUUGGGUUUGGGUGGUGUUUCCUUAUAAUUUCAGGUUGGCAUUUUUGGCAGGAAAACAUCAGAAACAAUUUAACCUAACAAUAUUACUUCUGGUGGUACAAUUAUAUAUAGAAAACUAAAAGAACAUACUGAAACUUUUCUAUAUUUAAACAACUAGCUAGAAAAUUAUUUGAAAGAAAAAAGAAGAUUCAUUUCAGAUAGUUUUUUAUACCCAGGAAUAAACUAAUUUCCAUAUUAUAUAAGGAGCUCUUAUAAAAAUAAUUUUUUAAAAAAACAACUCAUAGGAAAGUGUACAAAGUUCACAGAAACAUACCAAAAAAGAUGCCCAACUUCACUCCUAGAAAAGAAAUGUAAAUUGAAGCAAAAAUGUGGUACACUUUCCACCAGUUAGUUUAGCAAAAAUAAAAACAAACACAAAUUAAAACUUUGCAAAUGCACUGUGUUGGCACUGCUGUGGAAACACAAGCAAUCCCACACAGCACAGGUGGAACUGCUCAUUGGCACAACUACUUGAAAGGGCAGUUUUCUAGAAUCUCUCAAAA